AUGGGCGAGACCUAUGAUUAUAUCAUCUGCGGAGGUGGCACUGUGGGAUGUGUUCUCGCAUCUCGGCUCUCCCACAGUGGGCACAGCGUGUUAGUCGUUGAGGCCGGACCCGAGGACUACAAUAAGGAAAUCAUGAGUCCUGUCGCAGCUCCGCAUCUUCACGGCACUCGUUUCGAAUACAACAUGAUGACUUCCAAUCAACCUGGACUGGGAAAUCGCUGCAUUCCGAACUACGGAGGCAAACUGCUAUCAGGCUCGAGUGGUAUCAACUACGGUCUUUGGACCCGCGGCCACUCAGUCGACUAUGACUCCUGGGCGAAGUUAGCCGGGGAUGACAGAUGGAAUUAUGCAAACAUGCUCAAGUAUUUCAAAGUGACACAGUCUCACCAUGAUCCUGACGGCAGUCCAGAGAAGUAUGGGUUUGGUGGUCCUAUCUCGACAACAGCCGAAGCUUGUACAUAUCCGCUACGAAAGACCAUCCGUCAGGCAAUGCUGGAUGCUGGCCUCGAAUAUAACCCAGAUACAAACGGGGGCAAUCCAUUUGGGUUUGGUCCAUUCACAGAGAACUGGAAGAAUGGUCAACGGCAACCGGCCAGCAAAGCCUAUGACCUUUCAAAAGCGGCAAUUCUGACAGAUACCGUCGUCGCUCGUGUUGAUUUCGAUGACUCCAAGACAGCUGUAGGUAUCACUUUAACGGAUGGAACCAGAUACAUGGCCACCAAGGAAGUCCUUGUCACAUGCGGUGCUCUCAAGACACCCCAAUUGCUGAUGCUUUCUGGUAUUGGGCCCCAAUCGCGUCUCGCGCAGCACAACAUUCCAACUAUCGUGGAUUUACCGGUUGGGGAGAACUACCACGAUAAAAUAUCGACAACGUUCUUCUGGAAACUCAAAAAUCCAGAAAAGGGAUACGCACUCGGGUCCCCAGCUUUUAACAGGCCCGAGUUCAGAAACGGCAAUCCUAUAGAAUGGCUUGCAACGAUUUCUACUCCACAUGAGGAGCUAGUCAAGGCCGCACAGGUAGAUGGGCUCGACGCAAGAGAUCCAUGCCUCCAGGAGCCCCGAGGAAACGUGGAGAUGAUGAUAGCCUACGCGCCAAUUGCUGGUGGAGGAUCCGAAUUCCGGGUCCCUUUCGACGGAAACCAUAUCAGCAGCCCCGUCGUGCUUCUUCUCCCGACCAGUCGAGGCAAUAUUACCCUCGCCAGCACGGAUCCCAUGGCCGACCCGAUAUUGAACCCGGCCUAUCUCAGCACAGAGAUGGAUCGGGCCACAAUGCGCGCGGGUAUGCGGCUCGCCCUGCAGGUGAUGGAGACAGAUGCUGCUCGGGAGGUCGUCGAGGGCGAGACUCCGCCACCAGGUCACGAGCCACUGACUAGCGCAUGCACAGACUCGGACCUGGACCGGCGGAUGCAGAUUGUGGGGAGUAGCUUUUUCCAAAAUGGAGGAACAGCCGCGAUGGGUUCGGUGGUUGACACCCAGUGCCGAGUUAAAGGCGUCCAGAAUCUUCGCGUUUGUGAUGCUAGUGUGCUCCCUGUGCCGUUGGCAGGUCAUUACCAGGCACCGAUGUAUGCUUUUGGAGAGGCCGUAGCGCAGAUGCUACUUGAAUAG